UUCAGUCACUGCCAACGACUGAUCCUACCACCUAAGGAGCUCUCUGCCUUUCUUCAGCUUCAAGUUUGGUACAGGACGAGAAUCUCACCUACGAUGAAGUUCUUUGUUGCCGCCGCUGUCUGCGCCCUCAUGACCUGCGGAGCCUUCGCCGAGGAAGCCGCCAAGAAGGAAAAAGUCGAAGGUCGCGGAGGACUUCUGGGCGGUGGUCUUGGUGUCGGCAGCUACGGCGGUGGCGUGGGUCCCGGUCUCGUCGGCGGUGGUCUCGGAGGUGCAGGUAUCGGAGCAGCUGGACUCGGCGGCUACGGCGGAGCUGGUCUCGCUGGGCCGGCAGUGGGCGGCGCCGGCCUCAUUGGCACCGGCGGUCUCGGUCUUGGCACCGGAGGACUCGGCUAUGGUGGCGGUCUUGGCUACGGUGGAGGCCACCAGUCUGGCUACGGCUCUUCAACCGGCGGCCACCAGGGAGGAUUCCAGGGUGGUGCAGCGGGGCACAACCAGGGAACCGCGGGUUUCGGUGGUGGUGCUGCAAAUAGAAACGUGAAUGCCUACAACAACAACCGGGGCUACAGCCACACCUCGGGAUUCUCGUCCUCUGACGGCAAGAACUUCGGCUCCGGACACAACCAGGGCUCGGCUGGAUUUGGAAAGGGAGCUGCCGGUAACCAGGGAGGAUACGGACAGUCGUCUUUCGGGCAGAACGCCGGUUCUGGUUUUGGUGGAGGAUACCUCGGCUAAAAGCACAGCCAAUAAAACUGUUUUUAUUA